AGUAUCUAUCUAUAACUAUUACACGCCUACCGAUUUUUUUUUAAUCAACUGUUUUGUUUUUAUUCGUUAAAGAUUUUAAUUUAACACUAAUUGAACAUAUUUUCAACUAUUUGAGUUUUAUUUUAAAGUAUAUUCAAUAUUGUUGAAUAAUGAUUAUUCUAUUAAGUCUUAGUCUAAUAUCAAAAAUGUAGUUUAAAAUUCCAGUGAAGUAUGGAAAUAUUUAUUAUUUUAACACUACUUUUCGGUUUUGUAUUUGGAGCGGAUGACGUGUUACAAUUAGACCAAGGAAAAUUGACUGGUAGUAGUUUGAGGUCGAGAAAUGGACGAGAAUUCAAAGCUUUUCAGGGAAUACCCUAUGCCAAAUCGCCUACUGGAGAUCUUAGGUUUAAGGAUCCAGUGCCAGCGGACCCGUGGAUAGGUAUUUUAAAUGCUACAACUGAGCCACAACCAUGUAUUCAGAAGAAUUUGUUUCAUUAUCAGAAAGUGGAUAUCCUUGUCGGUGCAGAGGACUGUCUAUAUAUCAAUGUGUACACUCCAAAAAUACCAAAAACAGAUGAUCCAGAAUUACUUCCAGUUAUGAUUCGGAUUCCCGGUGGAGGGUAUUUCGCAGGUUCAGGGGGUUUAAGUUCAAAUGGCCCUCAUUUUUUGUUGGAUAAGGAUGUAGUUAUAGUUAGCUUUAAUUACAGAAUUGGAAUUCUUGGAUUUUUAAGUACUGAAAACGAUGAUUUGCCUGGUAAUUAUGGUAUGAAAGACCAAGUGUUAGCACUAAAAUGGGUCCAAAAAAAUAUUAAUAAAUUUGGUGGAGAUCCAAAAAAAGUUACAUUAUUUGGACAAAGUGCUGGAAGUGCUAGUAUUGCCUUACAUUUGUUAUCACCAAUGAGUAAAGGUUUGUUUCACAAAGCAAUCAUGGAAAGUGGAUCAUCAUUAAACCUUUGGAGUGUGUCUCCACCGGGAUGGGCAAAACGCAGAGCUUUUACUAUUUCAACUAUUGCUGGGUGCCCUCAAGAACCAAAACAAAUGAUUGAAUGUUUGAAAGAACUUCCUGCAAAAGUAUUAGUGAAUCUAUAUAACAAUUUAUUUGAAUGGAGAUGUUUCCCGUUUAGAAAUUUGAUGCCUGUUCUUGAAAAUAGUACAAGUAAUAAAGAAUCAUUUUUGUAUGAUUAUCCUUUGCUUCACUUUAACCAAAUAACAAAAGUUCCAAUAUUGAUGGGAAUGAAUUCCGGAGAGGGUGGUAUUUAUGCAUCUCGAAUGUACAACGCAACUAAUCUUGUGUACACAGAGUUUUUAGAAGAUUUCAAUCAUUACAUGUCAUCGUUUUUACAGUAUAGAUAUACUGCAAAAUAUUCAGAUAUUCCAUUUAUUGGUGACGAGAUUAAUAAACGAUAUUUUUCUAAUGGGAAAUUGGAAGAUCCUUUGAGUGCUGUAAAAAUGAUUACCGGCGGUCUAUUUUUACACGGUAUUUUUCAAAUGGCCACCAAGCUAUCACAACCAGUUUACUAUUACAUUUAUAAUCAUUCGAAUGCAUUUUCAUUCAAUUCUUUAUAUGGGCCAUAUCCAUUUCCAAGAAAAUUAGGUGUAACGCACACCGAUGAAGUGACAAGCCUAUUCUAUUCUGCCAGUCGGGGUGACUUAGAGGGAGAGGACCUUGAUGUAUCAUAUCUGAUGGUGGACAUAUUUACACAUUUCGCAACGUGCGACAACAUCACCACUGACGGUAAAGUAAAUGGAGAAAAAUGGCCGACAUUCGAUACAGAAAAAUACGAAUUUGUUUAUAUUAAUAGCAGUAUUCCCUCGAUUAAAAAGAAUCCAUAUGUUGACGAGUAUGAGUUUUGGAAUAGUUUGCCACUUUUAUCUGGAUUGAACGAAGAACAAGGAUCGGUUGAAAAUUAAAUAUGAUUAUUUAUUCUGAAAUGUAUAAGCUAUUAGCUAAACAUAUACUUGGAUUUUACGUAAGUUUUUAUUUACUCG